AUGGCCGGGCUGAUUCUGACUGCCGUGGCCAAGCUGGGAGCACUGGUGAUUCCUGGGAAGAUCCUGGAGGAUGUUGGAUCCCAGCGAUUCCCAGGGAAUUCCCAGGGGGAUCCCAGGGAUGGCAAUUCCCAAGGGAUGGAAUUCCCGAGGGGGUUGGAUCCCAACCCCUCCCAGGUGAUCCCCAGGGAUCCCACAUUCCCGAGGGAUCAGUCCUGGAGGAUCUCUGGCAGAUCCCAGCCCCGUGGGAAUGCCCAUCCCGAUCCCGCGGCAUUCCCGAAUUCCCGGGCAGCGUUCCGGAGGGUCGAUUCCAUCUCCGUGGAGAUCAGCUCAGCCCAGGCCUCGUGGGAGCGCAGGAUCCUCUCCCUGCAGCAGCAGCUCCAGGCAAGGGGCGGGAGAAGCGCCGGGAACGGCUCCGUGUUCUGGGACACGGCGGCGCUGGGCCGGGAGCUCUCAGAGCUCCGGGAGACGCUCCGGGUGCAGGAAUUCCCGCUGGAGCAAACCGCCCGGAGCCAGGCCCGCCUCGCCGGCUCCGACCUCUCCACGGGGCUGGAAAACUGCUCCGGUUCCCUGGCGAGCAUCAGCCGGGGCCCGGCGCGGCUGCGGGAGCGCCAGGGCGGCACCGCCCGCCUGCGGAACUCCCUGCGGGACCCGGCCCGGCGGGAGUCCCAGGCUGGAGCGGCGGCGGAGCUGCUGAAUUCCAGCCUGGCGCAGAAUUCCCGGCGGCUCCGUGAGCUCCAGGAGAACGUGGCUGAGGAGAUGCCGGCGCUGCGGGCGGCGGCGGCCGAGGGGCAGAACGUGACUCGGCUCCUCGGGAUGCUCCGCGCGGAUUCAUCGCGGGGCGCGGGUCAGCUCCGGAGCCUGCAGGCGGGGCUGGGCCCGGCCGUGCGGGAAACAUCGCGGAGUUCCGAGGCGCUGCAGGAGCUGGCGCUGGAGCUGCUGGCGCUGCAGCUGCGGCCGGAGGAGCAGCGGGACGGGGCGCGGGAGCUGCGGCGGCGCCGCGCCCGCAGGCGGCAGCGCGGGCAGGAGCGGCUCCGGGAGCUGCGGCGGAGCCCGGGAGCGGCGCGGGCGGGCGCGGAGGAGCUGCGGGAGCGAUCCGGGCUGCUGGCAGCGCGGCUGGAGCUGGGCGUGAGGAACCUGAGCCGGGCCGCGCAGGAGAUGAGGGCGGUGGACGCGCGGCACGGGGAGAUGCUGCGGAACGCCAGCGAGCUCCGCGGUCAGCGCGGAGCCAGGGAGGGAGGGAAUGCGUUCCGGGGCUCCCGGGGCCGCGCGGCCUCACGGGCGAUGCCGGGUCCGGGGCCGCGGCGGGAGCUCCGGGCCCCGGGGGCGCCCUCGGGGAUUUGGGAGCGCCGGGAGCGCGCGGAGAGCGGGGCCCGAGGGUUCCCCGGCCCCAAGGGCGCCAAGGGCGGGCUGGGCCUGCCGGGAGCCCGCGGGGAACCGGAGACACCGGGCGGGAGCGGAGCCCCGGGAGCCGAGGGGGGAGCCCGGGAGCGCUCCCCGCGGGGACAGCGGGGAGCCGGAGCGGACAGCGGGGACACCGGGACCAUGACCGGGACGGGGACAAGGACGGGGACAGCGGGGGAGCCGGGAGAGAGGGGAGCCCCGGGGCCACCGGGACCGCCCGGGCCACCAGGGCCACCGGGACCGUGA